AUGAUUCCUAUAUUCGUUUUAUUUCUAAUUUAUUCGACUGCAUUUUGUGCACGGGUGAGAGAAUAAUUUGAUUAUAGUUUGAUUUGAUUUGAUUUCCUCAUUCAUUUUAUAUUUCCAGGUACCAGUUUGUGAUUCUACAAAUUCAAAUAACUCGUGAGUCAUUCAAUAAGUUCCUCUAAAGUAUAAUAUAUGAAUAUAUCUUUAAUGAAUAUAUCUUUUCAGGUUCAUUUAUUGUGAAGGCCCGAUUCUUGAAGCUGUCAAUUAUCAUCAACUUUACAAUGAUUCUAAAACUUUUGUUGACAUGCCAAUGAAACAAAAUCCACGUAUGCCACGUUUUAAGAACAGAUAAUCAGUUUGAAAUGUAUUUUAAGCUGAUUUCACAGUUUUCCGUUUGAUAUUUUCUCGUUAUCUCAAUAGUCAGUUCAAAAACAAUGCGGAAAAAAUAGUUUCGACUGAUUUUUAUCUUUAAAGACAUCUAAUUAAUUGAAAAUGAGGUUUUAUUUUUUAUUUAACUGUAACGUAGUUCUUAUCUUGAGCUUUCGUUAUCUUUCUGAAUUUCAAGAAAAUCCGUUCCAACUGAUUAGCUGCUUUUAAUACUUUUGUAUUUUACUUUGUUGUUCAGAAGAUGUUUUGAACGCGUUCAAUUUGAAAUUUCAAAAUUCGACUGCUCCGGAAAAAAUCAACAAGACAGAUUUGCAAACCUUCAUUGAUCAAUAUUUCAGGUUUUCUUCAACAAGUUUCAGUAAACCAAUAGAACUUUUUGCAGUGCUGCGGGAACUGAAUUGAUUCAAUGUGUCCCAGAUGAUUGGAAAGAAAAACCAGAAAAAUUGGCAACGAUAAAAGAUCCACAAUUGAGAGAAUGGGCUUAUAAGUUGAAUGGAAUUUGGAAACAGUUGUGUAGAAAAGUGAGUUUAAAUGAACCUUCAAAUUCCAAUGUAAUAAUCAGAUUGAUCCAUCAAUUGAACAACAUAAUUCACGAUAUUCACUUUUAUAUGUUCCACAUCAUUUUAUUAUUCCUGGUGGUCGAUUCAGAGAAUUUUAUUAUUGGGAUGCUUAUUGGAUUGUGAAAGGUUUGAUUGCUUCAGAAAUGUAUAAUACAACAAGAUCAAUGAUUCGAAAUUUGGCAACAAUGGUUAACACGUUAGUUUUUGACUAGUUUCUCAAUCAAUCAAUCAAUCAAUAAUUUUCAGUCAUGGAUUUGUACCAAAUGGUGGCCGUGUUUAUUAUCUUCAACGAAGUCAACCACCAUUUUUGUCAGCAAUGGUUUAUGAAUUAUACGAGGCUACAAAUGAUAAAGAUUUUAUCGCUGAACUUUUGCCAACUCUUAAGAAAGAACUUGAUUUCUGGGAUCAAAAUAGAAUGAUUAAUGUGACAAUGGAUAACAAAACAUAUAAAUUAUACCAAUACAAAACUGCUAGCAAUGUUCCACGACCAGAAUCUUAUCGAGUUGACACUGAAAAUUCGGCAAAGUUUGGAAAUGAUACAGCAAGACAACAACAAUUCUAUCAAGAUAUUGCAAGUGCCGCCGAAUCGGGAUGGGAUUUUUCGACAAGAUGGUUUUCUGAUCAUUUGACAAUUUCAACAAUUGAGACAACCAAUGUUAUUCCUGUGGAUUUGAAUGGUCUUGUUUGUUGGAAUAUGGAUAUUUUGGAAUAUUUAUAUGAACAAGUUGGAGAUAUGGAUAAUUCUGAAACAUUCCGAAGUAGACGGGCUGAUUUUAGGUAAAAUUUAAAAAUCUUUUCGAGAUCAAAAUUGUUGAUUUUUAUAGAAACUCUGUUCAUAAUGUUUUCUAUAAUAAAACAGAUGGAACAUUCUAUGAUUAUAAUGUUCGUAGCAAAUCUCACAAUGCUAAUUUCUAUACUUCCACCGCCGUUCCAUUGUUCACAAAUUGCUAUAAUACUAUGAAUACUGGUAUUGUUCAGAAAACUUUUGAUUAUAUGGAUGUAAGUUUAAACUUCUAACAAAAAUUUUGAAUUAAUUUAUCAUCGUUUCUAGAGAAUGGGAGCAUUCACAUAUCCAUCUGGAAUUCCAACUUCAAUGAUUCAAAACUCCGAAGAACAAUGGGAUUUUCCAAAUGGUUGGAGUCCAAACAAUCACAUGAUUAUUGAAGGACUUCGAAAAUCGGCAAAUCCCGAAAUGCAGGAUCAGGUAAAGGAAAAAGUGUGAACAUACAAUAUCACACCAUAAUAUGUAAUGUUGUUUGACACCAAUUGGUGCAAACACCUGUGCAAUCUCUAGAACUCGGGAAGAAGUAGAAAAAAACAAUUAACAAGAGUAGGGGUGAAAUUUGACAUGUUUUUGACACCAUAGUGUGAACACACUUGGAGAUUAAUCGAUUUGUGCCAAUCAAAUUGAUGGUUUAUUUGUUUUUUUGAAAAAAGAGUAUGACCGACAAAUUAAUGGAAACUGGUAAUUAGUGUACAUUUUUAGAAAAGAACCUCGAUUUUCUUAAAACAAGAUUACUAUAAAACAUGAUAAGAUUCCAUUAUUAAUCAUACAAAUUGUGGACAAAAAGCAGCAUAAUGAAUAGUUACAAAUUUAAAUUAUUGCAAAAUUUUCAAACGAAUUCCGACCAGAAAUAGGAUAGGAUUUUUGAAUUUAUCUCUUCUGAUUAAAUUGGAGCAUUAAAAACUAUUUGGAUUUUUUCAUAAUUGUUUCAAAAACAUUUUUUUUCAUUCCUUUAUGUGGUUCAAUUUAGAUAUCUCAAUAAAUCACACAGUUCCAUUUCUGGUCCCCAACAACUUCUCACUUCACAGCCAUUUUUGAUCGCAUGCAUCUCUUCUCAAUAUAAGACUUCCCAUUUUCUAAUUUUCCCAAAUUGCUCACAGCGUCUUGACACCUGACUGUGAACACACUUUUGUAUUACAAACAAUUCCGACAAAUGUGUAAACAAGAUGUUUUACGUUUGACGCCCCGCUGUGAUUUCUUCAAGAUCCAAAAAACAUAUCAAUCUUUUUGCAGGGUUUCGAAAUUGCAUCAAAAUGGGUUUUGGGAAAUUUCAAAGUGUUUUAUGAAACUGGACAUAUGUGGGAGAAGGUAAGUGAAAACCCCAGAAAAUCUUUUUUUAUUCGCUGGCUCCAUCAUUCUGUCAUCGUAAUAAUAAUCUUAUGUAAAUUCACUUCACACGCACACAUAUGUAGAUUAUGUUAAAUUGCUUUUCGGACUACUGUAGUCGGAGGAUAUUUCGUGUGAAAAUGUAUGUCUAGAAAAGAAGAUUGAGUUAAGCUGUCCCGCAUAUCUAAAUAACACAUUUAUUACGCCACUUUGCACCCUCUUAUCAUAAAAUGUCAUCUAAUGUAAACCUUGUCUAAUUGUUGGGUGGUAGAAUUGAGAGCAGAUGAUUUAUAAUGUUAUCUGAUUCGGAUGGAUUAACUUAUCUAUCUAUGAAUAUGACAGGUGACACGCUUACAGUAGUAUUUAGAUAGUUAAGUAGUCCCUUAUUUAUUGUUUUUUUUUUCUCGCGCACCCUACCGAUUACACGGCUGAAUUGAUAUAACAAGGUAAAUUAAAUGAAGGUAUGUAUUGUAUUGAAGAAGGUCAGUCAAACGAUAAGUGGUGCCAAUCAAGACCUCAAUUCUUACGCGCGCGCGCGAAAAACGCAAUACUGUAAAACACAAAAAAACAAUGGCAGAGAAAAGAAGAACCGCUUUAGUCAAGUGAUACUUAUGAAAUUAGAAGACUGAAUUGUAUUUGUUUUUGUUUUGUUUUUGUCGGUGACCCGAGGUGUCCGACCUUAUUUUUCAGAAAAAAAAAGACGUUUGAAAAAUCUUGGCAAAAAAUUGACUCGGUUCAGCUUGAGAAAAUUUUCAAAAAAACAUUAUCUGAUAUCCUCCGGUUAUUUUUGAAACUCAUGAAAAUUCUAAAUAACUAUUUAGAAAUAAUAAUAUUUGUGGUGUAAUCUAGAUAAAAAUCUAGGAUGACUCAAUUUUUUACAUCAGCUCAAUUUACAAACACGAGCCAAUCUACAGUAAUCUCACAUGCUUUUUCUAUACCCACUUUUUUCUUGCCUAGAACAGAUUUUGGUUGAUGACACACCAAAUGUCACAUUCCACUUGAGUCGCGCUGAGCAUUUAUGCUAAUUUGUGCAUGUUUUUAUUUAGUAACAACUCUUUUCACACGCGUGUACAUAGUAAGUAGCAUUGAAUAGAAACUGACAGAUUGGUGGAUAAUUAGAAUUGGAUUACUGUAGCAAACAAACAUGUUAUAAGUAUUUUGCAGUAUAAUGUGAUUGGAAGUUAUCCACAACCAGGAUCAGGUGGAGAAUAUGAUGUUCAAGAUGGAUUUGGUUGGACAAAUGGCGCUAUUUUAGAUCUUCUUCUAACUUAUAAUGAUAGAUUGUUUGUUCCGGAUAAUUUCAUAAAUACAACUUCCACAUCGACAACUUCAACAACAACAUCAAGCAGUGUUCAAACGACGACAAGUUCAACUACAAAAACUGUUGCUUCUUUCUCUGUUCUUCUUUUCACUCUUCUUGUUUGGAUUUUUGUAUAA